CGCUUGUAGGCCUGUCGCUCCAGCCCCCGCGAUCCGGACGGCAGACCCCGUGACCCUGUCCUCGGGCCUGUGGGCUCCGGAGCAGCUCGGGACUGCGCAGCGACCCGAGUGUUGACAUGGGAAAGUCUUUUUCACAUUUGCCUUUGCAUUCAAAUAAAGAAGAUGCUUAUGAUGGAGUCACAUCAACUGAAAACAUGAGGAAUGGACUGCUUAAUAAUGAAGUCCAUAAUGAAGAUGGAAGAGGUGGAGAUGUCUCUCAGUUUCCGUAUGUGGAAUUUACAGGAAGAGAUAGUGUCACUUGUCCCACUUGUCAAGGAACAGGAAGAAUUCCUAGGGGGCAAGAAAACCAGCUGGUGGCACUGAUUCCAUAUAGCGAUCAGAGAUUAAGGCCAAGAAGGACAAAGCUGUAUGUGAUGGCUUCUGUGUUUGUCUGUCUGCUCCUUUCUGGAUUGGCUGUGUUUUUCCUUUUCCCUCGCUCUAUUGACGUGAAAUACAUUGGCGUAAAAUCAGCAUACGUCAGUUAUGAUGUUCAAAAGCGUACAGUAUAUUUAAAUAUCACGAACACACUAAAUAUAACAAACAAUAACUAUUAUUCUGUUGAAGUUGAAAACAUCACUGCACAAGUUCAGUUUUCAAAAACAGUUAUCGGAAAGGCACGCUUAAACAACAUAACCAAUAUUGGCCCACUGGAUAUGAAACAAAUUGAUUAUACAGUACCUACUGUCAUAGCAGAGGAAAUGAGUUACAUGUAUGAUUUCUGUACACUGAUAUCCAUCAAAGUGCAUAACAUAGUACUCAUGAUGCAAGUUACUGUGACAACAACGUACUUUGGACACUCUGAACAGAUAUCGCAGGAGAGGUACCAGUAUGUUGAUUGUGGAAGGAACACAACUUACCAGUUGGGGCAGUCUGAGUAUCUAAAUGUACUUCAGCCACAACAGUAAAAACUGAAAGAGCUGCCAAUGGAGAAGAAGAAAUCCCUAUUAAUAUUUUCCUGAACUCUGAAGGAUGAGGUACUUACUUCCUAAUAGGAGAUCUUAAAUUGAACAAACCUAAAGUUUACAUUUCCAUUGUAGGGGUACAGUUGAAAGUAUGUGGACUUGUACAUUAUUGCAACACUCUACUCUGUGUUCAUGGUAUCUGUACCAGGAUCUUUUACUUGAAUCUAAAUUUGCCGGUUGAUUUCUUCUCCUCCUCUCCCCAAAGGAUAACAUUGAGACUUCCCAUGUGGGACAGUAAAUAAUUAUUUACAAUUCACAAUUUCAGUCACCACUGGAAACAUAAUUUUGAUGAUGAACGGAAUUUGAGAAACUUUAUUUCUGAAUGUUUUUAUAGAAAAUUACUGAGAGCCUGUAUUCAUGAAAGACUUUCAAAAAAUAACCUUUUUUUGGUUUGUUUUAUAAAUUUCCAUUGCUACAUAGUAGUAUUUCAAGAUAUUUUAGCUUUUAGCUAGAACAUUUGUAGUUUUUCAUUUGUUGAAAUUCUACUCAUUUGCACGUUUCUGUCAGUCUUACUUCAAGCUAGUGCUUGCAUAACACUAGAAACCAAAAUAAUCAUUGCAAAAUUCUGUACCUAAAAUUUUUUAAAGCCCCAUUUCACAUAUCUUUCCAUAUAAGUAAGUUUUGUGAAAUUUUUGUGUAGUCCUCAAACAUAGUUAAUGUACAAUACUGUAAAUAAACUGUGCAUGGCUUUUAUACAGCUUUAAUAAAUGUCAAAUAAAGUACAAAGUGGAGUAAGUUGCUCUUAAAAAUAAAACAGGAAAAUGAAAUUCAGAAACUUAUAGAAUAUGAGUCUGGUUCCAAUUACAUAUGGGAAUAGGCAUAAAGUAGUUUUGAAAUAAAGUAUUUUGAUGCUCCACCUUUUUUUUAAUGUUGGUUUUCAUGCUAACAAAUUGUGGAGACACUUUUCACAACUCUUAGGUACCCAAGUCACCCUCAUCAUCCAUUUUAUGCCUGUUUUAAGGAGGAAAUCAUGUCUUUGGUAGAAGUUAUCCAAGAAAUCUUGGUCAUUAAAUGAUGGUGGCAAUAUCAAAAUAAAACCUAUAUUACCCUUUUUAAAAAUUUAGUAACUUUACAUAUCACAUGGAUACCAUGCCUCUAGCAGUUACAUUUUAAAAUUUUCAGUUUUUCGUUUGGAUUUUAUUUAAAAUUGUUUUCAAGUGUAAAUUACUAACUUUUUCACUUUGCUGUUUUAUAUUUUCAAAACCAUUUUCCGUUUGGACUUCUUGCCUUUUCACCUGACAAGUUUCUGAUUACCUUGUAAAUAAGUACCACUGAGGGUAGGGGUCGACUGUGAUACCAAAAAUAAAUAAAUAAAUAAUAAGUGGCUUGAGAUUAAUUUCUUUCUGUUCCCUUGUGACAGAAGUCAGGUUCCCCGUCCCCCAAAGUGCCUAACUUAGGUCUGAAACAUACGUCUUUAUCAGUCGGACUCUCUCAGCUGUAACACACAAACUUUAACUAUUUAGAGCGAAUGAAGCCUCCUUUUUGCCUUGAAACACUCAGGUCUCCCUUUAGCUUUCAUAUCAUUUUCUCCAUGUUUUCCUGAGUGAAUAUUUUAAAUGGGUGGAACGCACAAAUUUCUUUCUUUCUUUUUUUUUUUUACUGCUUGUCUUACCUCAGUCCAUUGCUAGCACAUCCAUCUUUGCUAUUAAAAUCACCCCAUUACAUCUGUUAUAGACCUACUAGUCAGACCAAUCUUAAUGUGUUUUUCUUCUGUUUUUUAACUACUCAUUCUCCUUGAAGCUGCACACUUCCCUCAUAUAUUGUUUGUUAUUUUUCAGUUCAUUCUCAUUUCAUUUUCCCUCAUUCUCUGUCUUUUGACAUCUUUUAAUGAGUAUUAUCUAGAUCUUUUCCCUCAAAAUUUCUAAUCCUGUGACUUUAGCCAACAGUUAUUUAUCUUAGGGCUUCCGAGUCUUUCUAUACAUCUCUCGGGUCACCUCUCUACCUAGAGAUAAGAGUAUUCCAGUGACUCUCUUUGUAAAAUCAUAAAAUAUUUGAAAAAUUUUUAUCAUAUUCUGUUCUGUUGUUCUCUCCUUGUCCUCAUGUCCCAUUUACUUCAGAAUGACCAUUCGUUUUUUCAAAAUCAUCCUUCAGAUAUGCCUCCUUGAGAAAUCAAUCCUGAUUUAUUUUUCUGCUCUGUGUCUUUUAACCUUGGUAAAGUAUGUAGUGUAAAUUAAAUGUAUUUUUCUAUUAUUUGUGGUUCUGGUAACCUGUUAGUGUGCAUGUAUGGAGUCUACUGAGGAGACGAAGUGAGGGAACAUUUGCUUUCAGUGACUUAGUUGUGAGUAUUUUUUUUUCAUUUUUUAAAUUAAAAACUCUUUAUUAUACCUACUUUUCCAUGAAAUAUAAGGUAGAAAAGGCUAGAAUAUAAAAUAAAUGAAAACCAGUAGUAGAGGGAAAAAAAAGGAUCAUCUGUGACUACUUCCAGAGACUUUUAAGCAACUUAUCAGAAUAAGCCUGGAACAAAACAGGCUUUAAAUUAAUAAAAUUACCAAAAUACAUUCAGGUGAGAUAGAAUUAUAGCCAUUGAACACACACACAGGGAAGAAUGAAUGAGCACUGUCUAGUGAAUUUUUUCUUACAUAGUGAUAGGGUAGAUAACCAAUACAUUUUUUAAAACUGCUCUCAGAUCUUAUUCAAAGGAUAUGGUAAAGAUGUUACAUUUUUUCUGAUAUUCUCAAGAAUAAUUUUCUCUUAAAUUACACUUUUAAUAGACUGGUCAUUCUAACCAAAUCCAAUAUUAGAACAAAGUCCCUGGGUAUUGAUAUUGCAUGUAUCUAACAUGCCCUUCUCUAGAGCUCUUCCAUGUGUUUUUCUUUAUAUAAUUUCUCUAGUCCUGUGAGUCAGACAAAGCUGUGCUAGGAUCCUCAUCUUUUAGAAGAGGAAGGAGAGGCAUGGAGAAGUUAAGGGACUUGUGGAAGAUCACAUACUUCGUAAAUAGUUUAUUGGGGCCAAACCUAGUUUUUCGGUCUCUCAUGUAUAUGCUCUGUCAUUUAAAAGAGUCUACUAGGAAGCCCUGUUGACUCAGGUUAGUAUGAUUAAAACUCAGAGACAACAUACACUUAGUUAAUAGUGACAAUCAAAAUAAUAUGGAUGGACUAAGAUUUGGGUACCUUUAACUUGGUACCUGAUAUAUUCCUAAUGAAAAAUGAGCUCUUGUACAAUAUUUUGUACAAUAUUUUGGUAUAGCAUAAUUGACAGCUGAUUUCUUCUGUUAAAAUUUAUACUCCUUGAUCAUUCCAGUAACAAUAUGGCUGAUAGGUUGUUGGAGUAGUCUAUUUAUAAAUAGUAGAGAUUAACGUAUGUGAGAUUUAAAAGAACAGUGAAAAAUAGAUACCAGGAAAAUUGCUUGAAAUUGCUCGAUAACCAUCUUUACUAUAGUACAUAACUUGUAAAUGUGGUUUUAUUUGUGAACAGUUUUUCUGUGCCUUUUUGUUUGUUUAGGCCAGUGAGAUAAUUAUUUUCUGUAAGAGUUCACGACAAAGUAAAAUUAAAUUUAGAUCUGUAGUUUGGAAGUGAUAUGGUACAGUGUUAAAUAGACAGAAAAUGAUUGCCAAAACACAAUUAAAAGUAUCAUUAUUGCAAUACAGAUCUGGGUAUUUUGUUGCAGGGCAUGUCCCCAACUCUCCUAUAUACCAAUUUUCUAAAAAAUUCUUAAAUAAUUCUUUAUAAUGAUUCUAUUUCAUUCAAUAAAAUAGUUUGUUAGAUGCUUGAACCCAAAGUAAGUCACUGUUCAGUAUAACAAAUAGUUAUUAGUUACUAUUUCAGAUACUGUAGUAAUUUCUUAUUUGCAUUAUCUGAUUAUUACUCAGAAGCGCCCUCUAAAGUAGAUACUGACAAUGCCCCCUUGUUUUAUAUCUGAGGAGAUCCAAUUCUAGAGCAGUUAAGAAAUAUGCAUAAACUUGGAAGUGGCAGAUUUGAGAUUCAAAACCUGUGGAAUUGACCCAAACAUCAUUGCUCUUACAAUUAGCAUGUUUUCCUUCCAGCCUUCGAAAAUGUUUUGUUUGUAAAAAUAUGUUGGUUGUUUCACUAAGAGUUUGAGGUUUUUGAUAGUAUUUUUAAAAAUACUAUUAGGAUACUUUAUUAUUUUGUAGAUCUUUGGUAUGAUACAAAUGGUUUAUCAGUGAAUUUUAAGGUUUUUAAAAUUCAUACUUCUCUGUUACACAGGAUUUUUUUCUUUUUAAAAGAGAAAAUUUUAAAUUUACGAAUAUACAUCAGACUUCAUUGGUAAGCAGUAUGAAUUGAAUUUCACAAUAUUAGGUUGCAAACUGAAGGUUACUUAUCAUAGUGUCAUGAUUUUUAGGUCAUAAUAUCUGAAAGCAGCAACUACUUGACUCAAAUACAUCCAAGAAUAAUUAAAUUUUAUUUCUCUUUUUUAUAAAAUCAGAUUUUAAAUGAGAUGUUUAUCUGAAACUUAUUUUAAGGAAAAUAUAUGUGUUUGAGAAGAUGGGGUUAAAAAAAACUGUUAAACAUUAUUUCUUUAAAAAAAUUUAUUUUUACAUGAAAACAAUAUAUUUGUGAUGUGCUUCGAUCAAAAAUUUUACUUCUCUAUCCCAGAUCUACUUACUUCAAAGUAAAAAUUUUCACUUAGCUGAAAUUUCUGAUUAGAACUUAUAUUUGUGUAUUUUUGUGCUUAGUGAGAAUGUAAAUUUCACAGUGGAUUUUUGAAAUUUAUCCUUACUUUGAAUUAAAGCAAGUGAUAUAUUUAUAAAAUUACUAUAGGGAUGAAAAUGGUAGUUUCCAUUUUUUUAAAAAAUGAGUGUGAUCAUGUUUUUAGUUCUUUUUACACAUGUUUAGCACAGGCUCUAAAUUAAAUACCUGUGUUGACCCUAAAAAUAUUCCAUAAAUUAAUUUAACAAAUAUUUGGAAAGUUUUUCAUAGCUUAAUAGCUCUUCUAGAAGGAAAUUGUUGCCUUCUGUUUAAUUACAUUAAUUGAAAUGUAUUUAAGAGAAAUGUUUUCAGCAUAUUUUAUAUACUAAAAAACAAAAAGGAUUAGUAUUGGGCCAAUGGCCAAGAGGUAAUAUUACUACCAUGUAGACUAUUACUAUUCAAAUUGUCCCACCUCCCCCAGAAUUUUAGAAACUAGAAGUCUGGGAGAUACUAUAUCAGCUGUGGUCAGGUGAUUCUAAGUGCUGUAAGUAAGUACUAUUCAUCUUUUAAUUAUUGUGUGAGAUGGAACAAAUGCAAAGUUACAAAAGAUGCAUAAUUUCAUUAUGUAAUGGUUUGUUUUAGGCAUAAAAUACCAGCGAGCUAUGCUUUAUGUUUUGUUGUAUAUUUCCUUUGUAGAACUGAAGUAAGAUUUUGGAGAAGGAUUUAAAAUGCUUGCUGACUUGAUGUGAUUGGUCACAUAUUUGAAUGAUGGCAUUACCGGGUAGAUUCUAGUCCAUGAUUCUGAUUGUGGAAUAAAGAAUAAUACAGAAAAACAGACUAUGCUUGGGCACUUACUCUUUGCUAUUAUCAUGUGUUAGCUUCCAUCAUAACACACUAAAUUUCCAAGUUGAGCAGUUCUGUAAUUGUAAUUAUUGUUGCUGUUCAUGUAACAAAAUAUGCUUAUAUUAGUAAAAGGAAUAGAAGUGCCCCCAAAUGCUAUUUUUUUAAUUACUUGUAACUGUUGCUCUUGUAAUUGUGUAUGACAGAAUAAAAUUUGUAAACAUUUUAGCAUGAAAAAUAAAUUUGUAUCAGUCAA